UUGCAGAACGCUGAUCAUUUUUCUUCUUGAAAUACGAUUUACUUGUAUGAUCGUUGGGAACAUUUUGUUGACAAUUACCUUCGUAAUCGCCGCGACCGCUCAUCGUGCGUAUCUUCCAUCAAAUGGACACUCUUUCAGGGACGUCUCGUGUGAAUGAACCGUGAUUCAUAGAUCGCAGAUAGAAUAGGACGUCAGAUAACGGCUAGAAAGUAUUAACUAAAGCGUUCACGCGCGUACUAACGAGGAUUGAAGGAGCAAGCCGGGACUAAUUGAAACAUAAAUACGUUUCCUGUCACAUUUAUUAUCAAGAAUAAAUUAGACGAUCAUGACAUAAUAGUGUAGGGUAAUGAGAAUUAUUUUUUAGUGAAAACUAUGAAAACAGAAAGUUGAAUAUAUCAUGUGAAAGUGAAGUAAGAUCCUUAAAAUAUGAAGAACUCGUUAACAGCGAUGGGACAUCAGUGGGGAUUUCUCAUUUUCAUCAUCUGUUUCCUACGAUCCUGUCAAAUAUCGCACUCGAUUGGUAUCACGAUUGAUAAUCAACUUGUAAUCGUCGCAAGUGAUUGCUACACGAGAAUAGCCAUCGGGUCCAAAUUGCCGGACAUGGAUGUAUUUUCCAGCGUCGCGGUCGGUAGCAUUUCAGAAUGCGAGGAUGAGUGUUCGAAAAGAAGAAACUCCUGUAACGCGUUCGCUUUCGGAAUUGGCAUCAAAGGUAACGGAACAUGUGCCCUGAGCAUGAAAAUGCCGAAGGCUGAAGAAUUACAAACUCAUGCCGAUUAUGAUGUCUACGUGAGGAGUCAACGUUCGCCACACUGUGAACCAGAUCGACUUUACAAAAUGGGAAGCGGUGGCAUCAAACAAGAUAGGAGAAACGAAACGAUGCCGAGCACGAGAUUUGGAAGCGGAUUCUUAGGUUCAACAAUGCCAAGUCUUCUGUCAUCUCCAAGGAUCACGGGAAGUAUGAUGCCUAAUGUCGCCAAUCAACCUUCGUACCAACAAGGAUAUACUCCAUCUUUCGAUGACGAACGCCGAAUUUUCGAUAUCGUUAGAAAUAGAAAUCCGAUACCGCCAGCCAGCAAUCCUUUCGAAACUAAUAACGCGAAAGUCGAUAAUUACGAUCUAUCGAUGCAUCAGAAAUCGGUCUUCGGACAAAGAACACAUUCGGAUCCAAAGUAUAAUCGCCCAAAUCUUGGCGAAUCGUCUUUUCAAAAUCCUUUCACUGGAAUCAAUCGUUUGAAUUUUGGAUUAGACAACGAUCUUCAUUCGUACAAGGCGCUCACCGUUCAUAACCGGCCUUUCGAAGUUUUCUCGAGACCAAUUUUCGUCUACGACGGAACCUCCAGAAACAAAUCUCCCGCAGAUUUUGGAUGGGCAAAUCACGAUCCAACGAAACAUCGCACGAAUUAUCUCGAUCAGCAUCGACAUCAAGGCUUUUUCGAUAUAUACAAAACUCAAGGAAUCGCGAGACCAAAGCAGAACGAGUUAAUCGAAGGAAAUUAUGACUUCCGCAAAAUAUCCUCUCGUCCAGCUGUCAGCAAUUCUUACGGCUUCGAAAUCAAUGGGGCGAGAAAUGGAGGGUUCAAGGAUACUUCCGAGCUUUGGAAUCCAGGGCUCCUGACGAUGUUUCACGGGUUCGGCACAAGACUCACCGAGAAAACGAAGUCGUGCUACAGAAGACUGCUGUCCGGGAAGAAGAGCUCGGACCCCCACAUCAGACGCGCCAUCGAGUGCGAAAGAAUCGAGGACUGCCAUCGCGCUUGCGACUACGAGAAGCUUUUCACUUGCGAGGGUUUUAACUAUAGACGCAUCGGACAUGGAGCGAGGGGAAUGUGCGAGAUGACAUCGAUACCUUAUUCUCGCAUGGAUCUCCAUCGAGACUUUGUAUCGGAUCCUCAAUGCGAUUAUUACGAGAGGGAUCCGAAUUGCGAGGUAAACGCGCCUGGGACACGACCAUCCUGGUGGGACCAACCGUUUCGACCUAGUCAACCCUACGGUCCACCCUAUUCUCCCGACGAAAGGCCAGAUGCAAGACCCUACGCUCCGGAUCGACGACCUCUAAACGAAGUGCCACGGCCUCUGGAUUACGAUCGACGGCCCUUGAAGGAAAUUCCGCGACCAUUCGAUUUCGAUCGGCGCCCUUCGAACGAGAUCCCUCGGCCCUUAGAUUACGCUCAUCGUCGACCACCGAUCGUUUACGAGGAUCAUCAUCGUGGAUUGUACGACGAUACGUUUGAUCGGAGGGAUUAUCCCGACGAUUCGAUACGCAAUAGAUAUCCAACGAGACCGGAAAAUCAUCGAUUUGUCUAUAACAGACGCUAUCCGUCUAGACGACCAACUGAUGACGAUUUUUACAACAGAAACGUGCCAUGGAUGCGGUAUCCGAAUAGAAGAAUCGACCACGGACUUACUCACGAUAUAGGCACGAACGAAAUCGGCUCAUAUUUGCCGGACCGAAAGGAUCCGACUCGCAGCUGGAAUUCUUACGGCGUUUACGGCGGUUCUUACGGUUACGACACGAAUUAUGUGGGGAAGUUCGAUAUACCGAAAUACUACCCGAAACCGCAACCUAAAUCACAACGUCCCUACGAGAACGACCAAUUCUACGGCGAAUUUUAUAACUAUGGUGGCGCAUUCGGGUACGGCGACAGUUAUAUACCGGCGAACCAGGAUCCGCUUUAUGGUGGAACCGGAAGAGCCGAAGAAUGUUCCGUCCGAGCCGGUGCAGGAUUCAGACUCAGCAGAGGAGUCGUUCAAAAGACGUACCUAACACCAAAUCUGGACCAAUGCGAGAGUCUGUGCGUUAACGAGAAGAGCUUCGUCUGCAUGAGUUUUAGUUACAGAUACAAUGUGGCACCCACAGACCCUACAGACAAUUGUCUUCUUAGCGACAUUUCGUACAAAGAUCUAAAUUUUUAUAUUGAUCUUGAACCGGAUCGUGAUUACGAUAUUUACGCCGUGAUCGUGAACUCGAGAACUUGCGGCGUGAAAAGAGAACCGAGCCCACAUCCUCCAGAUGAAUGUUUUUGGAGAGUCAGAAGCGGAUUCGGAAUGCCCACAGACGUCGUUAGAAAAUCGAUGGUAGUCGACAAUCUAGGAGAUUGUCAGGCAGAAUGUAUGAUAACGCAAGAUUUUAUGUGUAGAAGCUUCACGUUCAAAUACGGACUAGAACAAGAACGAUCGAAUGAUCGGAUUAAUUGUUAUCUAAGUGACUGGCCAUCGCAAGACAUCAAUCCUGCCCAAAUGCCGGAUAUGGACGGCGCGGAGUUAUAUGAAAGAGGUAGUUUUGGAAGGGGAUGCGAACCUUACGCUGUACCAUUUUUUAAUAUGGGACAAUUCAAUGGCAAGCCAUCUUCACAAGGAGACGAAGUAUGCUACUUUGGAUAUAACAAACCGUGCAAAUUGACACCUUAUGCUGUUCUCCUGGCAACAUACGUGAAUUCGGAACAAGAUUGUCGACAAAAGUGCUCGAGAAUGAGAGAAACUGAUUCUAUUCCUUGCAUGUCUUACAGUUAUAAACUCACUACGCAUGGCACAGAAGAAAACUGUCUGCUUAGUGACGUGCCUAUAAGAGACUUGCGACCAGGUUUGGAUUAUAUCUAUGAUGCUGAUCAUGUCCUUUACGCAUGGAAAGAUCUCGAUCCUCAUUGCGUGGUCAGUGGCUAUUCGACCGAUGAUGAUCAUGUGUUUGGCGGAUUGAGCCCAUCAAAACCGCUGCUUCCAGAUUAUUCGCGACCAGAUUUUAAUUCUGGCGGUAGUUAUCCGAGUACUAGACCCGAUGAUAUUCAUCCCGAUCCGAGACCCUUCCUUACGAUAAGACCAAACAGUCAUAGUCAAGGAGUAAGACCAUAUGAUCCCGAUAGACCUGAUCCUGUCAGACCCUAUCGUCCCAGCAGUUACGGAUACGGCAGUUAUGGCGACAAAUUUGGACAUGGGAUUCGUCCUGGUGGAUCUUCUUAUCCGGACGAACACUCGACCUUCCGUUAUUACACGGUAAACGGUUACCCAUGCAAGAAAGGUACACGAUGUGAGAGGAACAAAAUUGCUGGAUUUUGGACCUGCGAGACCGAAGGAGGAGGAUUUGAUAGCUGGGACUAUUGUUGCGCGCCGACUCAUCAUUGCGGCUUCUCGCAAGGAUAUCAUUAUCCAUGGUGUUACGUGGGAUUGUCGGAGGACCAGUGGCGUCCUUGCAGCGAGAAAUACUACCCCUAUCUCCCGAGUCCGCGACCGAUGCGGCCGAUGAUCGGUGGUGAAGAUCGUUACGAUCGUCCCGAUCGUCCCGAUCGUCCCGAUCGUCCAUACGAUUUCGGUUACUAUGGCAGACACUGGCCGAUCACGUAUCUGCAUCGAGGACCACCGCCGAACUGCACGGAUUCGCUCGCGUCUGCAGAUAACAGCGGGAAUCGUCGUUCGAACGAGACGAUCUCGACCACGACGACGCUGAGGAGUACCAUCACGAUUAAGAACGACGUAAACAGCACCACGGUCGCGAGCAAAGUGCACCGACGGCGACUACGAGUGCGCACGACCAAUGAAACGCGAAACGAUCGACGUCCGAUUUUUUCGCGAAAGAUCGGCGGCCGGAUCAUCGCGAGUGACGCGACGCGGAUUCGCGAGAAUCAAACGACUCGCGAUCGCGCUGGGAAGAUCGAGCGAGUUUCGAAACCGAUGAACACCGAGCCGCCACCCGCCGCACACAUUGCCACGUCGAAUUACGUCGAUGACGCACAAUUCGAAAUCGCAAAAAGUAGCGACGGACUGAUCAGAGUGCCUCUGAUCGCGCCAAAUACUUCACUGCCAACGGCGGGAGCUUACAUAUCCAUGGCGAACUCGAGCACUUAGCUAUGGUUUCGCCAUCAGAGAAGCUAUAAGCUUCAAUUGGAAGGAUGUUAUUUGAAAUUGAAUAUGAUUUGAUAUUGAAGCCGCAAAAUAUACUUUAGGAUAACUAAAACAUAACGUUAAUGAUAUGUUUAUUUAAAGAAUAUAUGAAGAUUAUAUUUAUAAUUGAGUUAAUUAACGAUCAUUAGUUUUGUAAAUAUAUUUAAUAUGAAGCAGGAUAUAAAAUAUAAAAUUAGUUUUCGCUGAGUCUACAAAUUUUGUUCUUUGUAUUAUCAUGUUUAAAUUGGAGACGCUUAAAUUGGUCACGUCGCUAUUCAGAUCGAUAUUAUUAAUUAACAGUGUAAUUGCAGUCUAAUUUUUGAAAUAAAGAUAAUAAAGAUUGAGACAUUUUCAUUACAUAAA